AUGCGCAAGUUGCAACACAAUACAACGACGAUAGGUACGAUCGACUCCAAAGCCGAAGAGAAGAAGAAGAAGAAGAAGAGUAAAAUAUGUAUUCAACCCAAAGCAAUCCCGGCCAAAAAAAAAAAGUGCACCGCGUUUCCCGCCACCGUGUACCGGUAUGCGGGAAGCAUCCCAAUCCCCAAUCCCCGCGCCCUCCUCAAGCAUACGAAAAAGCCACAGCACGCGUUCGACACCAAUCCAGCCCAGCCCAGCCCAGCCCUUCUCCCCACCAUCACCAUACCCAUACCCACACCCAAAUAG